GGAAGCGGGAUGGGCCCCGGAAGGAAGGGAAGAGCAGCAUCGCCGCCAGGGCCAGAGCCUCCUUCGCCCGAAGCCACCGCCUUCUCCCGCUAGGGCUGCUCGGCGCGUCCUCCGGGCCGCCUCCCCUUUCCAGCAGCGCGUCGCGAUCCGGAGCGGAGAAGACGCGCGGAGAGCAGGCGGGACGCGCCCCCGUCCCUCCCUUUCUAAUGGGGCUUGCUGGGAACGAGGGGCGGCUGCUUGUUGUCUCGGUCGCCAGCCCGGGCCCCCGCACCCCCGCCCCGACGCCGGCCCCGCCGGGGCGAAGCAGAUCCCGGGGAUCGCGGCCUUUGGGCUCUUGAGAAGGUGGCCUGCCUCGAGUUCUCUUGGACCGACUUCCAGGACCAACUGUGUAGCCAGGAAGAAAAAUGCAGGCAACCAGAAGCUCUGAGCAAGCUCCAGGGGAGAAAAUGGAGGAAGGAGGAGGAGGCUCUCGUGUUCUCCAGGGGGGCUGUGUUGGAAGAAUUCCAUCCUGUGUGGAUCCCCUGCAGAUUAAAGGAGAGCCAGAUGGGGAGAUGGAUUCAGAAGUUCCAUGGCAAGAUAUCCAGAAGGGAAUUCAUUCAAAAGAAAGUCAACCUCAGCUGCCUGGAUAUGAAGAGUGGGAUGGCCAGAAUUCUUCAACCACGUUGUUAGAGGCCAUUGCUCGUGCCAACCCAGGGCUUGGAGGAACGGUUGUGUCUGAAACCCUGCCAGGCUUUAGUAGGAAAGCUCAUGCCGUCUCUGAAAGCUUGGAUUCUUCUCUGAAAGCUGGAGAUGGAAUACUAGAUAAAGACAAGAUCAACUUGGAGAGAUUGUGCCGGCGAUUCAGGCAGUUCCGCUAUCAGGAAGCUGAGGGACCCCGAGAAGCAUUUGGACGCCUCCAGGACCUCUGCCAUCAGUGGCUGAAGCCUGAGAGUCACACAAAGGAGCGGAUUUUACAGCUGGUGAUCCUGGAACAGUUCUUGGCAAUUCUGCCACCAGAGAUGCGGAACUGGGUUAGGGAAGACAACCCGGAGACCUGUCUCCAAGCGGUGGCCCUAGCAGAAGAUUUCUUGCUGUGGAAGGAGGAAUCUGAAAUGCAAGAAGAGAAGGCCAAUUCCUCUAAAGUAAAACAGCCUCUGUUGGAAACAGGAAAGAAGGCAGCUGAGCAAAGGGCUGAUUGGCAGAUCCACUUGUUAGAAAUGGCUGAAAACAAGAGGAAGCCAUUUGUGGAAGAAGUUUCUCAGCUGAUGGAGCUUACUGGAGUUCCAUUUGAUAAAGCCAAGCGAGAACUUUUCUUCUUUCCCCCAAUAGGAAGCAUACCAAAAUGUCAGCAGGAGACAGAGAGGAAUGAAGGAAGGCCCUUAGACCAAGGAGGAGCAGAAAAACCUACCAGUGAGAAAGAGGAUGACAAAUUCUUCAGCCAAAACAUCUGGAAGGGAAUGCCCAGGGAAGAUGCUCAUGACUUUCCUCAGUAUCAGAAAAUGGAAGCUGAAAAAAAUCCAUCCCAACGUAAUGAUGAUGGUGAAAGUUGGGAGUCAGGUUCUGAGCAGAACAACCAAAUGAGAACAGAGUCAACCGUGAAUAGUCAGGAUGGGUUGAAUCAAAAGGUUCAUCAAAGUAAUCUGCAGAGAAUCCCUGUUGGAGGGAAUCCAUCUAAAUGUUCUGAAUGUGGACACAAUUCCAGUCAGACCUUAGAUCUGAGGGCAGGUAGUCUCUGUAUAUGUUUGAACUGUGGCAAAAGCUUUAUUUCAGGUUCAGCUCCAGGGAAGCAAGAGAAUUCAUACAGUGAAGGGAACCCACCUAAACAUUCAGAACGUGAGAAAAUGGCUCCACAGCCUCCUGACCUUCCAACGGGAGAGAAACCGUACGUGUGCACGGAUUGUGGGAAAAACUUCAGCUUCAGGUCAAGUCUUGCCCGCCACCAAAGGCUCCACACCGGAGAGAAACCAUACAAGUGUUUAGACUGUGGGAAGAACUUCAGCCAGAGUUCGAACCUCCUAAACCACCAGAGAACCCACACGGGGGAGAAGCCAUACAGCUGCCCCAACUGUGGGAAGUCUUUCAGCAACAGUUCCAGCCUUACAUCCCACGAGAGAACUCACAGAGGAGAGAAACCGUACAAGUGUGCCAGCUGUGGGAAAUUCUUCAGCUGUAACUCCGUGCUCCGAAUCCACGAAAGGAUUCACACAGGGGAGAAGCCGUACCUGUGUCUGGAGUGUGGGAAAAGCUUCAGCCGGCGGGAAUUCCUCAUCGGCCAUCAAAGGACUCACACCGGGGAGAAGCCGUACCAAUGCGCAGAAUGUGGGAAGAGCUUCAGUCAGCGGUCGAACCUGAUUAAUCAUCAGAGAAGCCACACGGGAGAGAAGCCAUUUGAGUGCUUGGACUGCGGGAAAAGGUUCAGCCACAAAGCGUCCCUCCUGAAACACGAGAGGAACCACGCGCACGGGCCGGCCGUGGGAAAGGGAUCAUCCAGAGUUGAUGCUGCUGCAGCGCACGUGGUGGGACAUGACUAGGCAGCGUAGCAUAGAGAUGGGGUACUUUUCCUCAAGCGUUGUCAACAAGCAGAAACCCCACACAGGAAUGACACAAGUUUGUUAGAGCCACCUUCCUUUGAAGCUAACCAUUUUUUUUGCCUAAAAUAACACAGAACGAGGAAUUAAUAGAACUGCAGUGUUGAGGAAGGGAAUGUUUAUGAGAGGCCAAGCUUCCCCUUAUGGUCUCUCUAUUUCCAUUGUCUAAUUGUGGCGGGUUGUUGUUUGUUUUGUUUUUUUGCAUCCAAAAUGUCAUCUGCCUGGCACAGAAGAAAGGUAUCUGCAAGCUUGAAACGCUGAGGUUUGCAGACGUGCAAAAUAUUAAAAUAAAUGGGGCUCCCCCCUGCCCAAAAAAGACACCAGUAAAGGCUGAGCAUGCUCAGUAACCACUGGGAAGGUGGGUGGGAGGGAUAAGGCAAUGGUGUUCCCUGAAAAAGAGCAUGGCUGACCAGAUGGUCACUAGUUCUUGGUGUUCCUAAUUUCUGCCACAUCCUGAACAGUGCCAUGGAUUC